CUUUGCUCAUUUACCUCCCCGGCGAAUAUCGUGCUGUGUCCAUCGACCUACCCCGAGUCCAUCCCAACUUCAUAUCAUGCAGGCUGAACAAGCUGAGGUCCCAGCCGAAGCCGAAGCCGAUGUUGAAGCCACGACCAUAGGCGACACCGUAGCCGAAGGCGAUGUUCAAAUCCUGGUCCAACACCACUGCUCUCACAGAGGAUGUCCGAAAUCGAAGAGCACGUGUAAAGAUCAUUACUGGACUUGCACCGGCCGCGAUGUCUCACAUCCCGGGAUCAGAGUGUUUGAGGGCAAAGCAUGCGAGAGAAACGUGAGAAGGAAUGGGAAGGUCGAGAGGUGUGGGAACAGGCGUUAGUUGACAAUCAGCCCAUGAGAUACCUCAUGGUCGUCCCGUGUCAACAAUGCUCGGUAUUAAGCAUUCGCGCAAUCGUUUUAUAUUCCGU